AUGUUGCACGGGGCAUCCACGUCAACACCGUCAGCUGAGGCCACUUCACUUGCCACCACACUGGCCACCUCACGGCAAUCUGAGAGCCACAAGGCCGUCCUUCUCGCAACUGCUCGCGUCAAGGUCGCUGAUCGCUACGGAUCACCACACGAGGUUCGAGUCUUGAUCGACCAGUGCUCCGAGGUCACGCUGGACAUCACAUCCGACGUGACCAACGCCGAGCUCCGCGUGGUUGCUUUUGUGCUGCCUCGCAUCUCAUUGCAACAAGGCACCGCCCAACGCGAGGAUCGUAGCUGGCCUCACAUCCAAGGACUCCGAUUGGCCGACCCGCGUUUCCUGGAUGACGACCCUGCGGAGCUACUUCUUGGAGCAGAGGUCUACUCGUUGAUCCUUGAGGAAGGCCUUCGCAAGGGCGGCUCACGCAUGCCGAUCGCCCAGCAGACUAGCUUAGGAUGGAUCCUGUCCGGGGGCUACGACGCAGCAGCCACCGACGGACAUCGCCGCACGUUUCAGUGCACCGCCGACAACGACCUCGCUGACCUGGUUCGACGAUUCUGGGAGGAGGAACAUGAGCCAGUAGCUGGGAUCUUGCUCACCGCCGACGAAGCCAGAUGCGAGAACAUCUAUGUGCGCACAGUCACGCGCACAUCCAGUGGAAGAUACGUGGUGAGGCUGCCAUUUGCUUCACCGCCGACAUCGCUCAGCGAGACUCGUCGACCUGCAGAGCGCCUCCUAGAAGCAAUGGAGCGGAAGGGAGCCCGUGAUGCUCGGUUCGGUGAUCUCUAUCGAGAUUUCAUGGACGAGUGCGAAGACCAGCAACAUAUGGAGAAAGUUAGCACGUCUACAACAGCUUCUAGCCCCAGGUGCUACUUACCGCAUCACGGGGUCCUCAAGGAGUCGAGCACGACCACGAAGCUCAGGCUGAAGACCGUGACCUACGGACUGGCGUGCGCACCCUUCCUCGCCAUCAGGACUCUUCAGCAACUUACUGCAAACGAAGAGGCACGGUAUCCACGCGGAGUCAGGGCGCUGCGACACGACUGUUACGUUGAUGACGUGGUCACCGGUGCUGACAGCCUAGCGGAUGCUAUCGAACUUCAACAGGAACUUCGGAGUCUCUGCAUGGCGGGCGGAUUUCCUUUGAGAAAGUGGGCUGCCAACGAUCAGCAGGUGCUCACAGGAAUUCCACCGGAACAUCGGCUUCAACGCGGACCGCACUCGUGGGAAGGAGAGAGCCACGCUACCUUGGGUCUUCGAUGGUAUCCUCAAGGUGAUUGGUUCUCCUUCACCAUACGUCCACGUGCAAUCACCGACCUCACAAAGAGACGAGUUUUGGCCGAGACAUCUCGACUAUUUGAUCCGAUGGGCUGGCUAGCGCCUGUCGUCAUCCGAACCAAAAUUCUGAUCCAGACAACGUGGCUUCAACGGCUGGAUUGGGACUCUCCGCUGCCUGAUCAGGACGCACACCGCUGGAGACAGCUGUUAAAUCAACUUCCUUUGUUGGAUCACAUCCGUGUGGAUCAUUGGCUCAACACCGGAGAUGACCAGUCGCAAUUGCAGCUCCAUGGGUUUGCCGAUGCGUCGGAGCAAGGAUACGCCGCCGUAGUAUACAUCCGCAACGCUGCAACAGAAAAAACAUCAAUCAACCUGUUGAUGGCAAAAUCGAAGGUCGCACCAGUCAAGCAGGUGUCGUUACCUCGAUUGGAACUUUGUGCCGCCGCGUUACUUACCACGAUCAUGCUGCACGUACGCGCUACCCUCGGUUUGACUGCUACGCCGGUGCACCUGUGGUCAGACUCAAAGGUCACCCUUCAGUGGAUUCGCGGACACUGCACCAUUCAGUGGAUUCGCGGACACUGCACCCUUCAGUGGAUUCGCGGACACUGCACCCGCUGGAAAACCUUUGUCGCCAACCGAGUGUCUCAGAUCCAGACCCUGCUUCCAGACGCUCAAUGGAGACACGUCGCCGGACGAGAAAAUCUUGCAGAUUGUGCAUCGCGCGGUGUUACCCCUGAUGACUUACUUAAUCAUGAACUGUGGUGGACAGGACCUACCUGGCUGUCAGGGGACGAGGCUGCAUGGCCUGGUGCAGACAUCGACGUCCCAGAGGAUGACCUCCCGGAGCAGCGAGCCACCAGUCUGGUAGUCAAGGUGCCAGUCACUGCCAAACCGGACCUUCUUCUACGGUUCCCGACGCUACAACGGCUGCUGCGAGUCACUGCGUGGUGUCGUCGAUGGCUCAACCCGGUGAGACGUGACGCCACACCUGGCCGUCCAUUGCAUCCGGACGAGCUGGACGCCGCCUUGUUUCGAUGGCUGCGAGUAGUGCAGGCGCUCCACUUUCCGACGGACGUAGCCGCGGCCUCUGCUCCGGACGCACUAGUCUACCGCAAAGCCACUUAG